AUGGCUUUCUUCUGUGCGCUGAAACCCAAGUCUGCUAUGAGUUUAUUAGUAGGAAUCACGCUUUUAUUCCCGCUAAUAAAAUCAGAGAAUGCUGUAAAUCUCGAGGGACAUCUUAAGCCGAUCUUCUCAUUUGGUAGACGCAACUCGGUGGAGGUUUUUCAAGGAUUUCCUUCGCCCCAGGAGUUCUUUACAAACUUUGUGAUCCCCGCAAAACCAGUCUUGUUUUCCGGGGGAGCAAAGCGAUAUCCUGCAUUUGAAAGAUGGAACGAUAACUAUUUCAAAUCGUUUAGGGAGAGCAACGAAUUCAAGAUUGCAAUCGAGCGUGAAAAGAAAGAAAAUCGUAGCCUACCAGGUGAAGAUAUUCCGUUCAGCAGUUUCGUUGACAGAUACACACAAGACAAUAUAUACAUGGUAAAUUCAGUUCCUGAUUUUUUAAGAAAAGAUAUCUACCUUCCCUCCUGUAUAGCUUGUCCAGAUAUCACCAAGGAGAACCUUGUGGAGAAUAUUAUGUGGUUCAGCAGUGGAGGCACAAAGUCAGUACUUCACAGCGAUUACUCUGAAAACAUCAUCUGUUCUCUCAGGGGUAGCAAGGAGGUCUACCUUGUUGACAAGCGGCACAUGGAUAAUGUAAAUGUUACAGAGAUGGGUUUCUCUGGAGUUGAUAUUGACAAGGUUGAUUUAGACAAGUUUCCAGGUCUGUAUAACUUGGAGCACUGGCAUGUUGUUGUCAAGGAGGGCGAUUGCUUAUACCUGCCCUUUCUGUGGGUCCAUCAAGUCACUUCUUAUGGUAGUAAUGUUGCAGUGAAUGUUUGGUGGAAGACGAACCUGACAAUUGACUACAGCUCAUGUUACAAGGAUGGGAAUAUAAGUCUGGGAGACGUCGAGUUUGUAGGAUUCGGCAAGCUGUACGAGGCGCAGUAUAGAAUGAUCAAAAAUCGCAUCACCCACGCAAUACGCCGUGUAGGACCGCUAACUCUUGAAAAACUCGAAGAAACAUUUAAAGCGCAAACGGACAUCAUAAUGCCGGGCGUGGAGAUGUCUGAAGACGUCAAGACGGUUAUCAGGAAGAUGUUCAUUCUUCUUGAUCAGUACACCGCUGACCAGGAGAUCACGACUGACGAUGUCAACAGGCUCGAUAACAAGGACUGGGAGCUAAUCCGCCUUUUGCUCAACGACAUGAUAAAACUCGUGAACGAAGACUCAGAAAAGCAAGCGGCCAGGGAUGCAGAAAGUGAGACAGAGAAUGAGGAAGAGGUCUACCAAGACAUCGCGUUUGACGAACAUCACGCGGACCGUGACGAGCUUUAAUGCCAUGACGACACCACAAUUUGGGAAAGUCUAGCUGUGAAGUAACCGAUGACCAUUAGGUAGUGAAUGACGAGUUUUGAAAGCAUGAAAAAACUAAAUUCACGAGCAAUGGGCAGUUGAAGGCGAGUCUGAAACCAUGGCAACUGAGAAACGUCUAUAAGGCAGUCAAAUAUGCGUUAGAAACCAUAACAACCCUAGGACGAAUGUCUUUCAAAGACGAGCUUUCAAAACAUGGCGACUGAAGCGCGACCAAUAUGCAGUAAAGGUUUGAAUACCCUCAAAACAGGUUUGUUUUCCGUAAAACAGGUUUCACAUACACGCACCUAUACAUACACGUAGAGCAGGUUUGACAUCUAUAUAAUGUAUAAGCCAUUGUAAAUAGUAAAUAUUAGAAGAGCAUUAAAAAGUUAACAUUUG